AUGGCCGUCGCCGAAAAGGCUCGCUUCUACUUGGAGCGUUCCGAAGAAAUCCGCACCAUCGUCCAGAAACGCAGCGACUUCGAACACCGCAUCCUCGCCCCGCGCUCCAACCCCGCCGACUUCUCCUCCUAUGCGAAAUGGGAAACCUCCCUCGACGCCCUGCGCCAGAAGCGCUGCCGGCGCAUGAAGGUCGGCCACGUCAACUCCCAGCACGCCUCCCAGGCCCGCGUCCUCGCCAUCUACGACCGCGCCGUUGCCCGCCACCCCUCCCGCAAGGACCUCUGGCUCGAGUACCUUGCCUACACCGAGGACGUCAAGGCCUCCAAGCGCUGGCGCCGCACCAUGGCCGCCGCCCUGCGCAUGAUGCCCACCGACGCCGACCUGUGGAUCCACGCCGGCCGCCGCUCCGCUAAGAACGGCGACAUGGGCGGCGCAAGGGGGUACUUCAUGCGCGGGUGCCGGUUCUGUACGACGGAGGGCACGCUGUGGAUCGAGUACGCGCGCUGCGAGAUGGAGUGGCUGGCCAAGAUGGACGCGAAGCGCGGCAGCGGGAAGAAGAAGGACGCGAACCCCCUGGCGGGCGAGAAGAUGGACGACGACGACGAGAUCCGCUUCGGCGACGAGGAGGACGAGGAGAACGAGGAGGGUGACGACUUGCCCGUCCCCGGCAAGAAGGUCAUCGACGAGGACGCCGCCGCGAAGCUCAAGAACAACCCGGCCAUGGACGGCGCCAUACCCAUGGCCAUCUUCGACAUCUCCCGCAAGCAGUCCUUCUUCACCCCCGACGUCGCCGAGCGCUUCUUCGACAUGUUCGCUACCUUCGCCAAGGUCUCGUGCCUCGAGAGGAUCAUCACCCACGUCGUCGAGGCCAUGCGCGCGCUCGACGCAGCCCAUCCCGCGACGUGGAACUGCUACGUCCGCCUGCCGCUGGUCGGGUUCAGCCCCGACACGCCCGAGUUCCCGCUGGGUCUUCGCGAGGUGCUCUCGAGGCUUGGCAAGGGUCUGGACGAGACUUCGGAUAAGGAGGCGCUGCGCAGCAAGAGCCUGGUGUGGAUCCAGAUGAUCCUCCUCGUCGAGGACCUGGACGAGGGCAUCAAGGCCGUGUUGGAGGCUACAAAGGACAAGUUGCAGGCGUGA